GAGGUGUUUAGACGGCCCUGGUCCCCUACGGAGAGCAGCAGUGGGCACAGACCCACCCAGCCUGGGACCUAGGCAGGCCCCGAAAUGGACACGUGCCUGCACACAUGUGCACGCAUACUCAUGCACGCACAUAACAUGUGCGUGCACACACAUUCCCAUGCUGAAUGUGUCCUGAAGCUCAGUCAGCUUCCUGGCCCCUCCCGGACAGGACCCCUGGUUGAGGGGAGUCCCUGCAGUCGCCCUCCAGCAGAGUCCUGGGUGGUGCAGAGGAUCAAGGCUGUGGAAGGGCACACGCGGCUGCUGGUGGUGGACAAGGAGACGGACGCGGAGCUCCGCAGGCGGCAGCUGACCUGCACGGAGGAGAUGGCCCAGCUCGGGCUUCCGCCCACCCACGACCCCUGGGAGCCCAAGCCGGACUGGGCACGUGCCAGCAGCCUCAGCCCGGAGGCUGGCCCAAAGGAUGUCAGUGGACCCCCGAGGGAGAGGGAGCUACGCCCUCGGCUCUGCCACCUACGAAAGGGCCCCCAGGGCUAUGGGUUCAACCUGCACAGUGACAAGUCCCGGCCAGGACAGUAUAUCCGCUCUGUGGACCCGGGCUCGCCUGCCGCUCACUCUGGCCUCCGCGCCCAGGACCGACUCAUUGAGGUGAACGGGCAGAACGUGGAGGGGCUGCGCCACGCAGAGGUGGUCGCCAGCAUCAAGGCGCGGGAGGCGGAGGCCCGGUUGCUGGUGGUGGACCCCGAGACGGAUGAGCACUUCAAGCGGAUGCGGGUCACGCCCACCGAGGAGCACGUGGAAGGUCCACUGCCGUCACCAGUCACCAACGGGACCAGCCCUGCCCAGCUCAAUGGUGGCUCAGCGUGUUCGUCCCGAAGUGACCUGCCUGGCCUAGACAAGGACACUGAGGACAGCAGCACCUGGAAACGUGACCCCUUUCAGGAGAGUGGCCUCCACCUGAGCCCCACGGCAGCCGAGGCCAAGGAGAAGGCCAGAGCCACCCGGGUCAACAAGCGGGCACCGCAGAUGGACUGGAACCGGAAGCGUGAGAUCUUCAGCAACUUCUGAGCCCUUCCCUGCCUGUUCGCCGGCGACCGGCCUCCUCCCCGCACGGGCCCGGCCUCAGCCCCCUGAGCCUCCGUGAAUGGAGGGGCGCCUCCUCACCUUUGGAGGCUGUGCAGGAGCCAACGUGCGCCUCAGUGUGCCCUGUCCUGCCCCCCUGCCUGCUGGGUGCUGGAGAGGGGAGGGGGCCCCCCCAGACGUGAGAGAGGGAGAGGCAGUGGCGACCGUGGGUCUUGCUGCUCCGCCCGGGCCUGCUGACUUAAAGGAAUUUGUUUCUGCUUUUCUUCCAAAAAAGAAAAAAAAAAAACCUCAAAAAAACCCAGAGCUCCGGCUCCACACAUGUUUCCACUUAAUGCCCGAGUCCAGCCCCCGCCCCACCCCCUCAGGACGCGCUAAGUAAUUGCAAUAAAACAAACCUUCCUCCGCAAACCACUUCCUCCCCACUCCUCAGUGACAGCCUUCCUAAUGGGAGUCCCGGCCCCUUUCAGGGACAGAGAGAUGUAGGGGGACCAGGCUGUGAGUCUGGGGGCUUCAGGGUGAGGCUGGGGAGGCCCGAUGUGGCUGUGGAGUCUGCCCCUCUGCCCGCUCCCUGCUGUGGGGGAUCGCUAGGCCCGGUCCCCCACGUCCCCACUGCACUGGUCUAGGGCACAGGGCUUGGGCUCCCAGGGACCUGAGGAUAGAGGCCCUGUGUCCUUGAAGAGGGUGGCCUCCGGACAGGCCUCCUGGCCCUGAGCCCCAGCCCUGAGGCUGGGGGAGAGCCUGCCUGCCCCCCGGAGACCCCGCCCGCUCCCUUUCCUCCCUGCCCUGAACCGACCGACCGGCAUUGCUGUCCGCCCUGUAAGCCAUAGCGCAUGCGCGCCCUCGGAAUAAACCGGCCUUCCUCAGA